UCAAUAAUUAUUAGCUAGCACGCUACGCUUGGUCAGGUGUCGCUUCUAGAAAUUCCAAUGUAGCGCCCGCUUUGCCUUACUUCCCGGCGCCGGCUGGAAAAUGUUGCAAAGCACGACCACAAACCUUCACGAUCAUCAUCUGCCGCAGAAGCUGGAAGCUGAAACUGUAUAAAUCUAACAUUUUUGGGGAAUUUUCUCUGUCUGCUUCGUCCACUUCUGAAGUAUUUGGACGCACGGAGCAGCAAACAGUGCAGAUACGCUGGAGCUCGUUCACCAGUGCAGUCCAUGUUCACCUGGGCCACUGCCAUUAUCCAAGACGCAAGACUAGACUGGCACAAAAAUGAUAACCCCCAAGUCAUCUUGCCACUACCCAUAACAUUAGUCAUUAGUCGAAUAGUGCGUGCACAAUCCUGCAUUUCCUGGCUUUCCAAACUGAUGGCGGGUCUUCGCGCUAGACGAAGUGCCGCCUUGUAGAGUCUACUACAAGUAGGCAGUAGGCCAAGGAAUAAUAUUACCGCGGCAGUAGCUGAAGUCAGUGAAGAACACACCCGGGCAAUGGCACUCAGUCAAGGUUUUCUUCAGAACAGUUGGCGCUGUAGAACUGUUACUUCACGCACAGCGGCGCUGGUAUGGGGAGCAUUGACGCUUCCUCUUCUCCAGACCAUUGUUUGCCGACACCUCGUCAGCGCAGAAGCAACAACGGUAGCUGAUUGUUUGCAGCCAUGCCUUUCCACCGCGCACAGCCAAGCGGUAAUCUCAGUCGGACCAGAAGUCGACUCCUGUAUACUCCAGUGCAAUGUCAGCAGCGGCAGCGAGCCACUGGUCAGGUUCAGCAUCCCGGAUCACAGUGUGUACAACAUCAGCGAGGCAACUACCUACGGGAAUGCCGCCGUGUUAAACUUGUCCACGCUAAUAACCAUAACGAACACAACAAUAGCAGGAGUGCUGAUAUCCGUACGCUAUGCUGCAGUGGAUAGCUCAUACAAGAUCACCGUGGGCCAGGAUAGUGGCGACGUUGUGCUGCUCUCGGCAUUCGACUACGAGCUGCAACGCCAGCACACUGUACUGGUCUACGCAUGGGUCUACUCGGUGGACGGUGUGGUGCUGUUUAACCAGUCGGCAGUACUGCCACUGCUAUCUGCUAGUCGCCUGUGUCUGGCUAACACCAGCGUUGUGCUGAAUAUCACCAACGUCAAUGACAACUCACCGGUGUUUGCACGCCAGUCCUAUUCUCUUGUGGUGACUAGUGGAUUUGCUGCGCUCUUUGAAACCCUUGCUAAGAUUCCAGCAUCAGAUGCCGAUGGUGAUGCAGUGGGAUAUCAGCUGGUUGGCAUCUCGUCUCCGGCACCGGAAUCCCAACCUCUGCCGUUCGGCAUGGACAAUGCCACUGGCAGUGUGAGCGUGACGGGCAACGUCCUGGACGGCCUUUACAACAUGACGUUGAUAGCUACGGACGGCCGGCACUUCACCGGUGUGUCACUGCUCAUCACCGUCAUCAACUCCUCACGCCUGUGCAGCGACGACAGCGGUGGUGGUAGCCUGUGUAGGAACGGUGGCACGUGCGUCCGGGACAGCGCCGAGUCGCAAACCGGCGGCUUCACCUGCUACUGUGUACCAGGCUUCAAGGGAUCUAUGUGUGAAGUGAACGAUACGUGUGUUCUGGAUGUCAAUAGCGCUUGUUCACACCUGCCACAGGCAACCUGUUCCCAGGGCCAGCAAAUCACCACGUGUCUUCACCCCGCCAGCACGGUGAUAGUGCGAGAGUACAAGCCACUCACAGUCUACAGCAGUAUCAGCUACCCUGCACUGGAUGUGUACAGCAGCCAAGCACCGCGCCUAUGCUAUGCCACUUCCCAGUUUCAGCCACAGCUUGCGGCCAGCUCUGCUGUCAAGGUCCAGGUGAAUGCUUCCGUUUCAAGAAACGUUUUCUCGUUGUCUCUACUGGAAGAGGAUGCGAAAGCGCUUUCGGUGUUCUUGCAGGUGUGCUGUCCGGAUCAAGGUUGCUUUGACAUAGGCUCUCUUCACUCGCCGCCGGAUCCCAAUGUCCAGUUCAUGCCCAUGGACUUCAAACUAUCAGCCCAGCUGGUGCUGAACACUGAGGUACUACCAUGCCCAGUUCUGCCACGACCUACCGGUGGAGUGCUGAGCUGUGAGACAUCGGCGGACGGCAGCUACUUUGUGUCUUGCCAGUACAGCUGCAAUGAACUAUAUUUCCUACGCGGUGCUCAAGAGUUGGUUUGCCUCUCCAACGGUACGUGGAACCAUGAAAGGGCAGUUUGCUGGAUCCCCGACUGUGGCGAACUGCCUUUGAUUGUGUCGAGCAAUAACUUCACGGCGGGUCAGCCGGUCUGCACUGGUCUCACGUACACGCAGACAUGUGUGAUCACGUGUCCUCGUGGUAGUCGUCUUCACGUGGCCGGACGGCGGCAGUGCCUGGUGUCUGGCAACUGGUCCAGCAGCAGUGUAGAGUGUCGCGUGUUUGAUCCAUGCCUGGCAGGAACACACAACUGCCACGCAACACUGGGAGUGUGUCAGCUGUUCGCGUCGGCCACUUUCGGCUGUUCGUGCACGCCGGGGUAUGCCGGCAAUGGGUUCUACUGCUCAGCUGAUCGCGACGACGAUGGCAUUCCCGAUGAACACAUGCCCGAGUGCAACACCACCAGCCGAUUCUGCCGUGCGGACAACUGCCUAUCGCUGCCGAACAGUGACCAAGAUGAUAGUGAUGGUGAUGGUCUUGGGGACCUAUGUGAUAGCGAUAGUGAUGGAGAUGGCGUACUCAACGACAACGAUAAUUGCCAGCGUGUGGCCAACGUUGAUCAGGUCGAUUCGGAUGGCGAUGCCUUGGGCAAUGCGUGCGACAACUGUGUCGACACUCCAAACUUCUACCAAACGAACAGCGACGCUGACGCGUUGGGAGACGCAUGCGACGAGGAUGCUGACAAUGACUCGGUCAUGAACGUCACGGACAAUUGCAUCAUCGUGCCCAACUUGGAUCAAGUGGAUACGGAUGCAGAUGGUGUAGGCGAUGCAUGCGACAACUGCCCUCAUCUGAUUAAUCCGGAUCAGGUUGACACCAAUCAGAAUGGACUGGGUGACGCAUGUACUACCGGAACUAAGGACACGGACGGGGACGGGAGACCAGACCCAUUCGACAACUGCAUCUAUGCUAUCAACAUAGACCAGCUCGACACUGACAAUGAUGGACUUGGCGAUGCAUGCGAUCUUGAUGUUGACAACGACACCAUCUUGAAUGACGUCGACAACUGUCCUCUUGUUGCAAAUGCUGACCAAGUUGAUGGAGAUGGUAACCGAGUUGGUGAUCAGUGUGAGCAAGACAGCGAUGGCGACGGAGUGCCUGACACACAGGACGCAUGCCCGUUCAACCGAGACGUGCAGGCUACUGAUUUCCGGCGUUUCCUGCGCAUAGCCCUGGAUCCCAUUGGGCAGACCCAGGCUGACCCGGUGUGGGUCAUCCUGGACCAGGGCGCUCAGAUAUUGCAGCUUAGCAACAGUGAUCCAGGUAUUGCUGUGGGAGAGACAUCCCUCGACUACAUGUCCUUCUCCGGCACGUUCUACAUCGGUCAAGCCGCGAACGUUGACGAUGACUAUGCCGGCUUUGUGUUCGGCUACCAGAGUAACACGCAGUUCUACGUGUGUAUUUGGAAACGCCAGCGUCAGUACUCGUUUGUGGACACGCCUCACCCCCGGCCGGUGGCGAGAGUCGGAAUACAACUGCGGGCCCUGAACUCAUCGACCGGUCCAAGCACUGACCUGGCACAGUCGCUAUGGUACUCGGGCAGCAUGGCCAAUCAGAGUCACCUCAUCUACCACGAGAACAGCGUGUCCUGGCAGUUUGAAACGCCGUACCGCUGGACGCUCAUCCACAACCCGCAGAACGGCUACAUUCGAAUGCAGUGGUAUCAGGGCUCGACUAAGAUUGCAGAUUCCCUGGGAAUCCACGACACCACGAUGCGGGGAGGACGCCUAGGCGUGGCCGUCUACUCUCAGGCCAAUAUCACCUAUUCCAAGCUGCGGUACACAUGCCUGCGGAACACAGACUACGCCCUAUCGUUCUCCGGCAAUACUGCGGGCAUUGCAUUGACUGGGUCUAAGCAACUCUCCAUACUGGACUCCAGCUUCACGGUGAACUUCUGGGCAUACAUGAGAGGCUGCAGCAACCCGCAGUGCAAUUUCAACAGGCAGCUCGACUUUGGUGUGUCGGGCGACGCGUCGGUGGAUUUCGGCAUCUUUCAUCAGGUGUCCAGCGCACUGGACGACUAUGACCUGCUGGUCCACAGCGGAACUACACCAACAAGCUCCACCGGCCCCUCGGAUGACCAUACGCCCGGUGACGUCAACGGCAAUUACCUGUAUCUGGAGGCAUCCACCGCGCUGGCGGUCAAUCGCUACGGUGCCAGGGCCAUCCUGGAGAGUGAUUGCUUUCUGACGGCAACGCUAUGCUCGCUUAGCUUCUACUACCAUAUGUAUGCGCUGUCGGCCACGUACCAAGGUCAGCCACUGGAUGGUAUGGGCUGGCUAGAAGUGGAGGUGCUGGACCUGGAGAACCAGGAUACAGCUGGUUGGCAGCUGGUAUGGUCAAUGUGGGGAGACCAGGGCAACUCCUGGCACAAAGCCACAGUGGACUUGUCGUCGUAUAAGGGAGCAAUUCAGCUACGCCUAGUGGUGUGGAGAGGUGCACUCAUUCGCAGUGAUAUAGCUCUGGACGAUAUAGAGUUCUCGGCUGCGUGUGGCAUCACAGAUCACUGUACUGCACAUACCAGCAAGCCUAUCAUUGGCAGCAGUAACACGACAGGCUUGUCAAUCCAGCUGAACAAUGCUCAGGUUGUUGCCAGUUUCCAGGAUGCCUCAAUCAGCAGCAUGGGUCGUAUAGAAUUCAAUCGCUGGACACACAUUGCCUAUCAGUACGACAUGGCUACUCGAACUCAGAGCUUGUGGGUGAACGGUGUGGUGAACGGCUCAGCGGCAGGCAGCGGGCCGUACACUCAUGACUUUCCUUUCAUCCUCGGCGGAUCAGAUCUCAACAACCAAACUCUAAGCAACUGCAUACUGGAUGAGUUGCAAGUGUGGAGGUCCACGAUCGCCGUGAAUGAAAAAUACAAUGUUGAAAUCAUUGCCGAUCAGGAACCGUAUCUGACAGCAUACUGGAGAUUCGACUCGGCGUACACCUCACGGCAGUUUGUGGAUGCAACUAAGCAGGUCUCGAAUAUUCAGCUUCCGCAGAAUCUCUCAGUGGUGACAUCCUCACUGCGCCACGAAGGUGGGCCACCAAGGACUUGAGAAAGAGUGGCUCAACAUUCUUUAUCACAGGUCAACGUGGUAGCUACUAAUCAAGAAAUAUGCUACUGCACUGUGACAAAAAAAGUGGUUAAAAAAUUCAAAAACACUCUUUGCUUUACGGCCCAUAUAAUGCUAUUAUUUGCCAAACCCCAUAUUUAAAUAUUUUUGCUAUUCCGCUAUGGCAUACUGCUGGAAAUAAAAAUUUUAAAUAAAUAAA